AAACACAAACAGAAGUACACCAACACAAAUGGAAGUACACAAACACAAAUGGAAGCACACAAUGUUACACAAACACGCAAUUCAACAGCGAAUGAUCAGAUCAUUUUUUUCUCGUAUACGAUUAGAAGCUUGAGACUUGUCAUUAUAGACAAAUUUUCUGAUGUUUUGUCAGACUUGUGGCACAGCCAUUAACCAUCAAAAAGCCAAUUUCUGUGGGAACUGCGGUGCAGAAAUAAUGAAAUGCACACCAGACCGUGAAUAUGAAGGUACAUCUCAAAGUACAUCUUACACCAUUGAUCAUAAUUCUACAAAGCAGUCUUUAACCUUCUGUGAGUUUAUGGAAAGAAGACAAAAAUUACAGACUCAAGAAGAAGAGAUUAACUCCAUUCAAAAACGGAAGAAGAAUGAACGUGUGUGUCACAUCUCGAAAAGAAAAGAACAAAGAAGAACUGGUUAAGAUCAAUAUAGGAGUUGCAGAGGUUGAUGUUGACUGCAGAAAAUUGAAAAUUAGAAGAGGAUCCCUUCUUCCAGUUGAAGUGCUAAAAACUGAUUAUCAUGUUGCUGUUAAAGAAAAGGGAAUUACAAAACAAUUGGCACACAACAAACAUAUGAGAGAAAUUGGUCAUUGUGGUUGGAUUCUUUUGUAUCCAGAUUUUGAUCAGGUGCUUCAUCUCCCUGGAACACAAAGUCCAUUCUCAGUGGAAAAGUAUAAAGAGUCCAUAGGAAGAGCAUAUUCUCGUGUCAACUUAUAUUUAUGUCGAAUACAUGACUAUGAACUUGCGAAUGACCUGGAUGAUAGUGAAGAACUGGCACAUAUAUAUGCUGGGAUGGAGAGCAAACCAUGUUCACCGACAAUACAGGCAGUUGCUAAUGAUACAUCCCCUUCAAGCAAUGUUUGUGAGAUGCCUGAUCCUCUAAAUGCAUUUAACUCUGAUGAUGUUCCAGAUUCUUUAAUGAUAGCUGCUAUGGAAACACCUUCCAAUGAUUUGGAAAAUAGUUUUGAAGGGGAUGUGCAGUUUAGACUUCAUGAAGAUCAGAGCGAUUCACUAAAUCAUGCCGACGUAAUGGAUCGUGGAACAAGUUCAAUCAUGGUGCAGUUUGAAAGAAGCCAGCCUGAAGUCACUCCCGACAAAAUGGAAAUAACUAUUCAUCGAUCAACACUUAUGAAAGAUCUAAUUGCUGCAUUUUGUGAUCCCAAAGUGUCGAAUUCAAUUUUGUUUUUUAAAGUCGUUGAUGCACGAGGUGUUGAAGAGAGAGGUGAAGGAAAGGGUGUUGCUAGGGAUGUGCUUACAGAAUUUUGGUGUCUCUUCUUUCAGUCUCUUGCUGUAGGGGCCGCGGCUAAAGUUCCCGUAAUACGACAUGAUUACCAGAAAGAUCAGUGGGAAGCAAUAGCUAGAAUAUUGUUAUACGGAUACAGCAAAGAGGGGAUUUUCCCUAUUUCCUUGUCAGCCGUUUUUGUCGCUAGUUGUAUUCUGGGCGAUGACGACAUUUCUGACGAUAUGUUGUUGCAGGCAUUUAAGCUGUAUGUAUCUGAAGAUGAAAAGAUGUCAUCAUUGAUUGUUUGCAAAAUUGCGAGAACUUCGUGCAGAAUACGGACUUAUUAGACCUGCUAAGCAGCUACAACUGUUACAGAAAUCCAAGCGGCGAAAACAUUGAAAGUAUUAUCUCCCAACUUGCCCAUCAAGAACUCAUUCAGAAACCGCGCUACGUAAGCAACUGCUGGAAUCCGAUACUACAAUCGAUGAAUGUCGAAAGUACACAAUUCCAGAAUAUCUCAAACAUUCUUUUGUUUUACGAUGAAAAAAAGCCUACGCCAAAGAAAGUCAUUAAAAUGCUUGAUGCAUCUCCGCAAAAUGACAACGAGCACGUAACGUUCGAACACUUGACCAAAUUCAUUAAAUCUCUUGGAAGUAACGUCGGUGCAUUUCUUCAGUUCACUACUGGAGCCAGUGUGGUUCUGCCCGAAAUGAAAUUAAAGGUCACAUUCACUGACUUAAAUGGUUUAGCUCGUCGGCCUGUGGCGCAUACUUGUGGUCCUUUACUUGAAGUCCCUAGCACCUAUCAGUGCUACAAUGAGCUAGUUGAAGAGUUCUCAUCAAUUCUUCGCGAGAAGAGUUCGUGGACUUUUGAUAUUGUCUAAUGGGGACAUUGAAGUUAUAUCUACGUACGCUUUAUCUGAAUUUUAUGUGGCACUCUAGUUUUGUUAGCUUUGUACAUGUUAUGACAUGUGAUGUUUCGUUGUUGUUGGUGAAAUCCAUGAUAUACUGUUAAAACAAUCUUUCACAUUAUUUUAUUUUCUAUGUCAAAACUAAAUAUCUACUGUAGUUUUACUUUCAAUCUAUUUUUUUGGUUGGCAAGAGCGAUGUAUAGGAUUUUUCAUCACUUCCGUGGCUCUAUUGUUACGUAAGAGCGUUUGCGAUUCUUAAUAAAGGUUUGAAAAAGUUAUUUUUCAUGUCAUACAUAACAACAGUUCCUCUACAAGAGAAAGUGCUUUACAAAUAUUUAACACACCAGCACAUGGCACUAAUUAUUCUAAGAAUGAUUUGGUUGUGCUUCUGCUAACAAACGUUCAUACGUGAUCAACGCACUUCUCCAGUUCUGCGGUGUUUCAACUUCAAGCAAAUGUGCAUUGUAUGUAAAAUAUUCUUGAUAAAUACAAUUUUCAUUAUCUGUCAUGCCAA